AUGCGGAGCAAGUGGCGCAAGGGUGGCGCGUGCGUGGGCGCCGUUGUCUUUGCCGGCAUCUCAUGCGCGGCGUGGGAGGCGAUGGUGGCCCGGGCCGGCGAGUACGCAGCCAUUGUGGGCGUCAAUGCGCUGCUCUUUGGCUACACUGCCCUCCUCCUCCUGGCCUCGGCCUGGAGCUUGCCGGUCGACUGGUACACCGAGCUAGUGGCCUUGAUGCUGGCCACGACAUCGGCAGCCGAGGCGCGGGCGCGAGUUGAUCGGAUCUUCAAGUGGGCGCUCAUUGGCACCGCAGUUGUGUGCACCAUCAAUGUGAUGAGCGCGUGGGCAACAGCUUGGGACGACGACGCGCACCACUCGCGGGUUGUCGACUUUAUUCUCGAUGGCGUCAAGUCGAACCCGUUCGUCCGGGCUGGCUACCUUGUUGCGCUCUCGUUCAUCAUGCUGCCAUGGAUCGGGUCAGCGGCCUUGGUCAUCGGGGCGCUGCUCGCGUUUGGCGCACGAGUCAAGGCCACGUUGAGGACGCUCGAGCCGUUUACCAUCCUUGCCCGCCAUACAGAGAUUUGCCACGAUCUCUCUCGCGCCAUGCGCAUUCUUCAGCCGAUGUUCAUCCUUAUCUGUCUCCUGAAGCUAGUCACCAUCGCCAUGUUCUCCGUCGCCCUGGUCGUUAUCGAGGACUACUCAUCGAACGAUCUUACCGUCGCGCUGUACUCGUGCUCUUCAGCAGAAGAGCACGCGGCGGUCGACCGGGCCUUGCUCCGGAUCCGCAGUCGGCGGUUCGGCUUUCGACUCUGCGGCCUUCUCAUCACACCCGUAGCGCUCAUUGAGGCGCUCUCGGUCUAUGUCUCGGUCUUUGUUGUCAUGCUCAACAUCCGGCAAGGCUCCGAGUAGAAGCGCAGACGCAAGAGUAGCGCAAGCUAUCCUCAACUUUGGGGAAUUUGGAGCAAGAAAUCGUCGUCUUGCAUGGCUUCCAACCGCAGCAUGGCAAGGAGGUUGUCAACAGACCCCGCCUCCUCCGCCGGGUUGAUGUCGACGACAGGCUCGAGAUGCAAUUGGUCGGCAGGGGCCGAGCUUCCGUCAUCAUGCGGAGCCAACAAGAGAUUCUCGCUUUCAACAAACGAGGAGGUCGUCAUGCCAGAGAGCGCUGGGUCUUCGGUCGUGUUUGGCGCAGCGGCCUUGCGACACGCGUCCUCGACAAGGCGCGUCACAACACUUGCGAGGGGGUCGUGGGGGAUUCGCGACAGCAUGGUCUGAAUGCCAGUAAGCACAGAGUGUGACACAAUGGCCGACGAGAGGGCGACAAUGGAAGCACCGAUGGCAAAGAGAGACACGAAACUCGAG